CCGACGAUAUAGCUGAAAAGUUUCGCAGGAUACGCCGCCCAUCAAAAGUUUUGCCAUAAUCAUUUUCGCGCGCGUUAUUGUCUACAUAGUCACUAUUAUAGGAGAUACCACUUUGUGUGAAAGAUCGACGUAUAAAGAUCACGCGCGACGGACCGGGCUCUGUAUCUUGUGGCAGAUUCCAAACCGCCAGCUGUCGCGAUAAUUUAUCCUCCUUUGUAAUCGAGCGAUUUGCGGAGGAAGGAUUGAUAUCUUGAACUGAAUUGCAAGUCGUGUCGGCUUUUUAUUUAGUUUUCGAAACGUUUGGAUGCAAUUGUGAACUGUGUGUGUUAAUUAGCGUGCAAGAGUCAGAAAGAGACGAGUGAUAAGACGCCGCCUGAGACGGUGUACCAUGUCAGUGAGUGGAUGGUGAUAGUAGCGAUUUAGGGAAGAGGAUGUGAAUCAUUUUAGCAUUCAAGUGUAAGCGUCUCCCGAAUAGUCGCGGAAAUGGCUCUGAGAUGGCAAGCGAGGCUCUCGAUUGCUGCCAUACUCUUCAUGUGCACAGAAGAUACACUGAGUCUAGGAGAUCGAACGAUAGAUAACAUGGACAGACACGCGAUUCAAACCAGACCACGACAACAAUUGCUGGAUCAUUCUUCGGGACUGAAAGCGAAACCGGAACCCACUUUCGACUUCUCGCAGAAUACUAACGUGACGGCUCUGAUUGGAAAAGCAGCAUACCUCACGUGCCGAGUUCGCAACUUGGGCGACAAGACCGUAUCCUGGGUCAGGCAUAGAGACAUCCACAUCCUAACGGCGGGAAUGUAUACGUACACGAGUGACCAGCGAUUUGGAGCGCUAUAUACAGAAAAAACGGGUCAGAAUAACGAAUGGUCCGAGUGGACUCUCCAAAUAAAAUGGGCACAGGAGCGAGACCAGGGAAUCUACGAAUGUCAGAUUUCCACCAUACCUAUCAAGUCGUAUCAGUUUUAUUUAAACGUCGUUGUACCUACGGCGACGAUACUGGGCGGACCCGAGCUGUAUGUCGGUGCUGGCAGCACGAUAAACCUGACGUGCGCCAUACACUUUAGCUCGGAGCCACCAGCCUACAUCUUCUGGUACUACAAUGCGAACGUACUGAGCUACGACAGUCCCAGGGGCGGCGUCUCGGUGAUAACCGAGAAGGGUGGCGAUGUCACCACCUCCUGGCUCCUUAUUCAGACGGCGCAACCCUCGGACUCCGGGGAGUACAGCUGCAAGCCCAGCAACGCCAAUACGGCGUCCAUCAGGGUUCAUGUUCUAAAUGGCGAGCGACCGGAAGCGAUGCAGACCGGGACCGCGGGACCGAUACUGUCCUCGAGUUGUCUAUUGGUGUCCCUCAUCAUUUUGUACAUAUCCUCGGUGUAAAUGAAAACGGAAAUGGCGCCAUGACUCGGAGUUCACAUCCGUCGCGGUACGUUCCUCAUGCGUUUAUGCGCGAAUGCGUUUCCACGUAUUUCAUCUAAUAGAUGUGAUCGCGGAACGAUACUGCAUUAUUUUGUACGGGACAUAAAGAGAUUCCGAAACAAAAAAAUGAUUAAGACAGUGCGUGUUUAGUUAAUAUACGUUUCAUGUAAUUCACAAUGUUUUCGUAAGGACAAAAAAACUGCCAAUAGAAAAACAACAAUUAUCUUCUCGUAAUUAACAGUGUUUAUAAUUAACUGAUUAUCGAAAGCAUUGUGAAUUACAAUUAAUUAGCGAUAAAUUACAAGAUGCAUAACGUAAAGCAAGAAUGCGCGAAGCGAAAACGCUUACGCGAAUCUAUUCCUUCUCUUUUUUGAUCUCAAAAAGAACGAUGGUACACAUCGAGUUACUGUCGAAUUAAUUAAUUGAUUUCUUCUUAUCAAAGGGACGCCACUUUCUCCGUGCACUACUAAUUAAUAACACUCUCGUGCCGACGUGCAUCAGAAAUCAAAAUGGAGAAUGCAGGAAUGCAUGUACUUUUGUCGCGCGCAUUUCGACUGGCCGCGAUGAAAUCGUGCGCGUUAUCGAUGUGAACGCGAUCGCGACGGAAGGAGAGAAAGAGAGAGAGAGAGAGAGAGAGAGAGAGUAUGUGUAUGUGGAUAUGCAUGUGUGUGGAUGUGUGUAUGUACCUUUCAGCGAAAAGGCAUUUAGUUAAGUAAACGUUGAUGCUAAUGUCGGAAGCGCGGACGCUUCGUGGUGAAUCCGGCGCAUAAGAAGCCACCUUUUCCCCACAAACGGAAGAAAAAAGGGUCGCGACCACCGCCGCUGGAGUCCCCUCCGAUAAUCUAGGUAAUCCGCAUCGGGAGAAACCGAUUUACGAGAAACGUAAAGGCGAGAAGCAAUUGCCUUUACGGUACGUUUUACGAGCGGUCGAAUCUUGGGAAUGCAUGCUACGUGGAUUCAAUGGAAAAUAAAACGUGACUGGAGUGCUCGAUCUGACAAUUUUCCGUAUUUCAUAAAAAUGCCGUGCGAUAUAAUCGGUGCGAUACCCUCAUAUACUAUUCGCGAAAUCAA